UUUAAAGCCUUGACACAAACGAACAAGCAAACACACACCCCCCACGACGAGGAAAUCGAACGCGAAGCGACCCAGAGAGAGAGAUGGAAACCCUCCACGAGACCUCCCCUCUCUUAUUCCCUCCUCCCACCCAAAUCCCAAUCCCUUCUUAUUCUCCUUAUCCCCAAGAUUCCUUCACGGCUACCGAGUUGGCGGCGGCGGAGCAGCUCGUCCAACUCAGCGAGAGCAGCGGCGACUCGGCCCUCUGGAAGACCCUCUCCUCCUCGUCCUUCUCGUCGUCUUCUUCUUCUCCUCGAUCCGUUAACACCCGGCCGGCGCCGGCGACGAUGGAGGCCGUGGCCGAGGACGACGAGGACGAGGACGAGAUCGGUGGAGUCUCGCGGCGGAGGAGGCGGCGUUAUCGUUUGAUCGACGAUCUCUAUGCGGCCACGGCCCCGAUCGACGGCGCCAGCGGCGGUCGCGAGAAGAGGCGGUAUGGAGAGCAGCGUCGGGAGAAGAGGAGGAAGGGUGGGGGGUUAUAGAAGGUUGAUUGAAAUGGGUUCUUGAUGUAAAUUUUUCUAAUUUCGUUGUAUGGGUGAGUUGAGGGCGUCUUCUCACCCGCAGUAACUUUUAGGAGAAAUUUUACUAGUGUGUGUUACUACCUACCAACC